AUGAGUACAACCUCGAUUAAAGAUCAAUUUCGGGAUACUACUCCUCUUAUAAAAACACCCUCGAAUGACGAAUUUGCUUCGGCAUAUUGCUUUGUUUCUCACGAUAAGUUCACGGUAGUUCCCAUUACUGCAAGUUCAAUUGAGGAUUCUGAAGACACCUUGACAAGCAACAAUGGAUAUUUCCAUGAAAUCGUUAAAGAUCAUGCUGAUUUCACACCUGACAAGUUGUAUUUGAAAAAUAAGAACUUGCUUUACAGCCUCAACAACCCGAGUAUAUCCGACGUGGAAGGUGAGAACAGUGUACCGUCUUCAAAUAACAAAGAUUCUCCAUCUCCUUCUUCAUCACCCCCUUCUUCAAGUAACUCAUUGAUGAAUGACGAACAGAAGGACGGUAUUGUUUCUCCUCCAUCCAUAUUCUUACCUAAAUUGGUUAUUAAUUUAGAAGACAAUAUGAAGAAUGACUUUAAGGACGUAAAGGAGUUGUUGUUGAGGAUUUUCCCAGAAUGGACCGAUGUCAACAAGAUCACUACAAAGCAAUUAACCGGUGGUAUUACCAAUAUGUUGUUGUCUUGUAAAUAUGCCGACUCAGAACCAGUAUUGAUCCGAGUUUACGGCCAUGGUACAAAUUUAAUCAUUGAUAGACAUAGGGAGUUUAUUUCCCAUUUAAUUUUAAAUUCAAUCAACUUGGCUCCCAAGGUCUAUGCAAGAUUUAAGAAUGGUAUGAUUUAUGGGUUCUUAGAUGGCAGAUCCUUACAGCCGGAGGAAUUGAGCAACGAAGCGUUAUAUCCCUUGAUUGCACAACAAUUGGGUAAUUUACAUAAUAAAGUUGACUAUACAUUGAUUGAACAAGGAAUUGAAAAGCUCAGAACCUUGAAGUUGGGAAUGAGAAGAAGAAGAUCCUCCAGUAGCAGUCUAUCAUUUAAAAAGAAACCAAAUAACAAGAAAAAGUUCAUAUCUAAUAUCUGGGAAUUGUUAGAUGAUUGGAUUAACAUUGUUCCUGUGAAUGAAGACUUGAUUUCAUCUUUCCAACAAAAUUUGCCAAACGAAACAGUUACCGAAGAUAACUUGAAGGAUAUAAUAAAGAAAGAAUUUUCAUGGUUAACAAAGACCUUAACAACUAGCUCAAAUUCUCCAACAGUCUCUUCCCAUUGUGACUUAUUAUCUGGUAAUAUCAUUAUCCCAACUGACGUCGAGUUUGAAAAAAUAAAUGUUUUACCAACCAUUGCCAGCAAUCCAAUCAAAUUCAUAGACUACGAAUAUAUGUUGCCAGCCCCUAGGGCAUUUGAUAUUGCCAAUCAUUUGGCUGAAUGGCAAGGGUUUAAUUGUGAUAGAUCUGCAAUUCCGGUUCCAUCGUAUUCGAAUAAGACUUUAGUUACUUGGUGUAAAGGUUACUUGAAUAAUUUUGAUGCUUCAAAAGAGGAAGUGGAGAGUUUGAUUGAUGAAAUCAAAACUUAUUAUGGUUUGCCUGGGUUCUACUGGGGUAUUUGGGCAAUGAUUCAGAGUGAAAUAUCAAGUAUUGAUUUUAACUACCUGAAUUAUGGUAAAUUGAGAUUAGAGGAAUAUUGGAAUUGGAAAGAAAACUUCCUUGCCAAACAUUAA